GCAAUCAAUUUUUACCACUUGGGCUGAAAACAUUUAACCAUCUAAAUUGAUAUUCAGUGAAGAAGUUACCAGCAACAGCAUCAAUUAUCUAGUUAAAACCAACAAGCCUUAUUGAAUAUUAAUUCGGAUUCACAUUGUAUUAAUCGUUUUCCAUUUCCAUCUUCAUUUUGAUUUCCAUAUUUUAAAAAGUGGAAUCAGUUCAUCUUUCAUUCAUUUUUAAUUUCUUUGACCCUUGCCAAGCAAAUCAUGGCUAUUCCUACAGCGAGUUUCUUUCGAUCUUGUGAUGAAUGUCCUCAGGAAAUUGAGUGUAAAGUUGAAGGUUCGCUACCUGAAUGGUUAAAUGGAUCAUAUAUUCGACUUGGACCAGGGAAAUGGGAUCUGCCUGGGAAAGAUGAAUUCACGAUGAAUCACUGGCUUGAUGGUUGUGCCAUGUUAAUUAAAUUUCGCAUUGAAGAUGGUCGAGCCUUCUUUUCCUCGAAAUUUCUUCGAUCAUCUGCUUAUACCAAAAUGAUGGCUAAUGGUUACCCCGUUUACACUGAAUUUGGAACUCGAGCCUAUCCUGACUCAAGUAAAGGUCUUGUCACUCGAUUGUUUCAGCGAAUGGUACCAAGUGAUUUGACUGACAAUGAUAUUUCAAAUCUUUAUCUGUUGAAUAAACGUCUUUUUGUGGCAACUGAGUCUUGCAAUAUCUGGAAAAUUGAUCCUGCAAAUAUAACAGGAGUGGAAAAGUUCAAUUUAGAUAGAGAAGUCAAAGUGAACCUGAGCUGCUCUCAUCCUUUGUAUUCGCCAAGUGAUAAUUGUUUUUAUAAUAUUGGAACCAGCUUCUUAUCAGGAAUGAAAUACACUGUUUACAAGGUUCCUGCAACUGAUUUUUCAAAAAACCCAACGGCACAUCCCUUUUUAGGAGUGGACAAAUUAGCUGUAAUACCAUCUCGAUGGAAAGUUGGAUUCAGUUAUAUUCACAGUUUUGCCAUGACUGAGAAUUACAUUGUGAUUAUUGAACAACCUUUGGUUAUGUCUGCUCUCAGGCUUGCAACAUGUACAUUAAAUGGGAAAUCUAUGCAACAGUGUCUAGAAUGGCAUGCAGAUGAAAACGUUCGUUUUUAUGUGAUCAACAAAUCAACCGGAGAUGAACAACCCUUAGAUAAAGAAUAUGAUGCGGACCCGUUUUUCUUUUUCCAUGUUAUAAAUGCCUAUGAACAAGAUGACCAAGUGGUUAUUGAUUUAGUUGCUUAUGAUGAUGCGAAAGUACUUGAGAAGUAUCAUAUACCUUUUCUUCGUAGAAAUCAAUUUGGCGAUUACUGUCAACCAGCAAUUCGAAGAUAUGUAAUUCCACUGGCAGCUAGAUUUACAAAAGGCGUACCUAUGAAUCCCUUGGUCAACAUACCAGAUUGUUCAGCAUCCGCUAAAGUUGGCAAAGGAGUUAUUAAAUUAUACCCUGAACAAAUUAGUGCACCCGGUUUCGAGUUACCAACAAUAAAUAGUUCAUUUGCUUGUCAUGAACACCGCUACGUGUAUGGCAGUGGUACUUUUGACGAUGGAUUUUUUAAACGUUCUGCCGUUAAAAUGGAUUUAAAGGAACAAGAAAUUCAAUUAUGGAGACCAUCUGAUACAGGAUUCCCCGGAGAAGCAGUUUUCGUCGCAAAACCUGACAGCAAAGAAGAAGACGAUGGUAUUCUUUUAUCAGUCGUGUUGGAGGCUGAUGAAGCGGAAGACAAUUUCUUGGCUAUAUUGGAAGCACCAACAAUGACCGAAUUGGCUCGAAUCAUAGUGCCUAAAGCUGCGGCUGAUAUUCCACCUACGAUUCAUGGACUUUUCAUUCCAAAUAUCAAAGAGAUUAUUGUAUAAAUUCAUUUUACUUUUUACCAAGUUGAGAACCUAUUCUUACAAAGCUUUUAAUCAUAGGUACAUUAGUACUGUAAAUUUUUAAAAUAAAACUACACUUUAUGUAGUACAGUAUUUCUGAUUACAA